AGGACCCCCUAAUAUUGAAUCGCGAGUGAAUCUGAGUCUUGAAUCGCGAGUGAGUGAGUGGAGUCAGUCGUUCGGUGUCGGCGUUGCCAUUCUGUCGACGAGUGUUGGUUGUGGUGCCGGGGGUGGUUGUGGUGCCGCCGACUCGGUCACUCACUCAACGGCUAUGGUGGUCGGAGGAUGCCGUCGUGCGCUGUAGCGGGCUGCCGGAACCGAUCAAGCAACACCGCUUCUUCCGGCGUGAGUGAGCACCGAUUUCCGCGUGACCCUGCGGUGCGCCAGGUCUGGGCAGACUUUUGCAAACGAAGCGAGGACUUUGAGCCCAGUCGGACCGCGAUCCUGUGUUCUGCGCACUUUGUGCAGGACUGUUUUGAGCGUGACCUGUGUGCCGAGCUGACCGGAUACAAGCGCGUCCGGAAGCUGAAGCCCGGAGCAGUGCCGACCAUUCAGCCCGCGGGCAUGAGUGAGGGCGCGGGUGGUGACAGCGACGCGGGUGUUGUUGUCGUCAAGUCCGCCAUGGCGCCGCUCAAGAACGGCUCUCCCGCGCAUGGCGUCGAAAACACUACUGGUGGCGAUGACAGCGUGCGGAAACUGAAGGCGGAGGAGCAGAAACGGCGCCCAGCGGCCACCGGGGCGGCAGUAAUGGCCGCCGGUAAAGGCAACCACCCUUCGGUGAACGGGCAGAACCACACGGAAGAGAUGGAGGUGGAUGUGGAAGACAAAUCCAGAGGCAGCGCGACGCCCGUGUCGUGCAAUGGUGACGUGGACGACGGUGACGCUGCUUCUUCCCGGGGUACGAGCCCGCCAGCGACGAGAAUCGAGGUGCGUUUUAUAAUCACUGCCGUUCUGUAUUUGAGUGAAAACAUUCGAUGGACGAUUGUAGAGCCUGGAUUAUGA